GAAGGUGGUGUUUGUAUGGGGCAGGAUGCUUUCAUGGAGCCCUUUAGCCAACUUAUUUGUGACUUACAGUGCAAAAUAUAUUUUCUGCUUGUAGGUAUUUGUUCUGCCUUGAAGCUGACAGUACCAUCUCAUACUAUCCAUGGUAUUGAGGGGCAACCUCUCCAGCUUACUGUUGACUACAAUUUCAACACUACAGCUUGUGAAAUCCAAAUAAUUUGGCUGUUUGAGAGGCCUCAAAGUAAUCCAAAAUACUUGCUUGGCUCUGUAAACCAGACAGUAGUACCAGACCUGGAAUAUCAGCACAAGUUUACCCUCAUACCACCUAAUGCAUCUUUGAUGAUCAAUCCAUUACGUAUCAGUGAUGAGGGCAACUAUAUUGUAAAAGUCAAUGUCCGUGGAAAUGGAACAAUAGCUGCCAGUGAAAAGAUUCAAGUAGCUGUUGAUGUUCCUGUCACGCAGCCGAUUGUGCAGACUGAGCCAUCUUCUGGGGUAGUGGAGUACGUGGGGAAUAUCACAUUAAAAUGUACCGUGGGAAAAGGCACGAGGGUAGUUUACCAGUGGAUGAAAAAUGGGAAGCCUCUACAUGCUGGCCCUAACUAUAUCUUUUCAUCAAACAAUGCUACACUUCUAAUUGUUCCUGUUGUAAAAGAGGACAUUGGGAAUUACAGCUGUUUGGUAUCCAACCCUGUCAGUGCAAUGGAAAGUGAGCAAAUUGCACCAACCAUAUAUUAUGGACCUUACGGACUCAGAGUUAAGUCAGACAAAGGUCUGAAUGUAGGGGCAGUGUUCACAGUUGACAUAGGGGAAGCUAUCCUGUUUGACUGCUCAGCAGAUUCAAAUCCACCAAAUACUUACUCAUGGAUUCAAAGGGAUGACAACACCACUCAAGUAAUCAAAUACGGACCUCACCUGGAAGUGGUAUCUGAUAAAGUGUCCCAGAAGACAAUAGAUUACAUGUGCCUUGCUUUCAACAACGUGACUGGAAAACGAGAUGAAACUCACUUCACGGUGAUCAUUACUUCUGCAGGAUUGGAAAAGCUGGCCCAGAAAGGAAAAUCUUUGUCAUCUCUUGCAGUAAUAACUGGAAUUUCAUUAUUUUUGAUCCUAGUUAUGGUCUUUCUGUUCGUAUGGAAAAGGUAUCAGCCACAUAAAGUGAUACGACAGAAGCUGCAGAGCAGGCCAGAGGCUGAUUACAAAAAGGCACAGACGUUUUCAGGACAUGAAAGUGCAUUGGAUGAUUUUGGGAUCUAUGAAUUUGUUGCUAUUCCUGAUCAUGCCAGUGGUUCUAGGGUUUCAAGUCAAUCUGUUCCUGGCCCUGCCACUGUCCCAGGCCAGGAUAUGCUUAAUACAGUUUAUGAAGUUAUUCAGCAUAUUCCCGAGCAGCAGCAGCAGCAGCAGGACCAUCAACAGUAA